UCCCAGAUGGUUACAGAGCUCUCUUUCCCAACCACACCUCAUAUUGGCUUCGUGGACUGAUAGUUCACUAAGGACAUCUGGAAAAUGGAAGCCGUUAUGGACACCAUGCAGGGCUAUGGGGUGAGCGCCACCAAUUACCUCCAGACAAACUACAAGGAUGCCCAGGGCUGGUUCCUUUGGGUGUCCUGGGCUGCUGACCUCAGGAACACCUUCUUCAUUUUCUUCCCUAUCUGGUUCCACCUACGGGAGUCCGUGGGCAUCAAGCUUAUCUGGGUGGCGGUGAUCGGUGACUGGCUCAACCUGGUCUUCAAGUGGAUUUUGUUUGGCGAGAGGCCGUAUUGGUGGGUCCACGAAACUCCUUACUACAGCAAUACGCCUGCACCUCAGAUUCAACAAUACCCCAUGACCUGCGAGACUGGACCAGGCAGUCCGUCUGGCCAUGCUAUGGGAGCUGCCAGCGUCUACUACACACUUGUCACCUCCAUCCUGGCCAUCACGCUGAGCAACAAGACGAGAUCCUCUUCAAAGGGCCUGUAUGCACGGGUUACUCUGUGGGCAUUCUUCUGGGCAGUCCAGGUUUGCGUCUGUCUCUCCAGGGUCUUCAUUGCUGCACACUUUCCCCACCAAGUGAUCUGUGGAGUCCUCACAGGUAUGGUUGUGGCAGAGGUCUUCAACAGAACCCAGUGGAUCUAUGGAGCCAGUAUGAAGAAGUACUUCUACACCACCCUCUUUCUGCUCUCCUUCGCUGUGGGUUUCUAUGUGCUGCUGAAGGCUGUGGGUGUGGACCUGCUGUGGACAAUGGAGAAAGCCCAGAAGUGGUGUGUAAAACCAGAGUGGGUCCACAUGGACUCGACCCCCUUUGCCAGCCUCCUGCGCAACAUGGGCACCCUGUUUGGCCUAGGACUGGGCCUGCACUCGCCGCUCUACACCGAAUGCAAGAAAAGCAACAGCGCCCUCUUCAGGACGGGAUGUAUCGUCAGCUCGCUUGUCCUGCUACACCUCUUUGACUCCUUCAAGCUCCCCACACACACCGCCGCUCUCUUUUAUCUGCUGUCUUUUUGCAAGAGUGCCACCGUCCCCCUGGUAGCCGUCAGCAUCAUCCCCUACUGUGUGUCCGGGGCCUUGAGUGGCGUACAAGGCAAGAAACAUCUGUGAGGUUGUGAACCACUGACACCCCAUAUAGACUCACACAGAAUUGACUCAGGGAUUGAACAGUUUCCACUGGUGCUUCAACCCCUUAACUGUUCCAUAGAUUGACUUUUUCUCCCAAAGAUCUAAAGAGAUCAAUAAGAUAUUUGCCAUCCAGUUACUCAGUGUAAAUAUCUUAUAUUCUUAUCAAUGAGCACUGGACAUUGAAAGCAUACUGAGGCACCUAAGAAUGUGUGGUUUAAUUGUGUUAAAAAACCCAAUCAUUUUUCAGUAGUUCAAUGUGAACUUAGGACUCAAGUGAAUG